GAACACGUAACAGUCGUGACAGUUGACACUGACUGUUGAAGUUUGAAGUCAAAGGAAAAUUUAUGAAAACAUGAAAAUAGUAAAAAAUAAAAAAUGAUCAAGUAGGUAAAAUAAUUAAUAUGUCAUAAUCUUAAAAAUUUAAAUGGUAUUCGAACUCUUGAAAAUAAUGUCUUAUCCUAAAUAUUUAAAUCCUUUCUAUUAUAACUUGGGAUUGUUUGCUGUUAAAAUUGGUUUGGCGUCAGCAGCUUUUUAUUAUGUUAAGGAGGAAGGUAUAUGGAAAAGCAGCUGUGAGUCUGAAAAAAUAUACCAAAAAUUAAAAGAAACUGCUGUUCCUUAUGUCGAGAAAGCAACCUCUCAACUUCCCAUUGAGUUACCCAAACUACCAGAAAGGAAUGUAGUAUCUUCAAUUGUUAAAGAGAGUUGGAACAAAGGUGUAUUAAUCACUUUCAAAUUCAUAGCCGAUUUGCCUAAUAACACUUAUAAAUGGACAUCUAAAGGUGUUGAUACAGUAAGACAGAAUGAAGAAAUUAAAAAACUUAUUGGUUCAUUUUCAAAUGAAAAUGUGAAAUAGUUAUUUAUUAAAUAAAGUAUGUAAAACAAUUAUUGGUGUAUAUAUUUCAGUCUAUUUAUGUAAAAUAUGUAUAACAAACAUCUAUGAAC